CACAUCGAACCCUCUCUCUCUCUCUCUUCCCCGGCGACGGCGAGGAAUCUCCAACGGAGACGCAAAAGAGUAUAUACGGCCACCAUCUCCGGCGAGCCUCGGCGGCGACGCCGCCGCAUAGGGAGGCGGCGACUCGAUCCCAGGGUCCACGCCUCGGCCUUGUGCCCUCUCGCUCAGCGUAGAGCCCCGCCCUCUGCGGCGGAGAACGACGCCGCCGAGAGAAGGCGUAGGAGGAGGAGGAGCCUACCUACCUUCGGUUUUGGCUUCUCCGAGAAGCUGCUUAGGGUCGGAGAAGCGAUUCUAACUCGAGGAUCGAUCGAGAUAGUGAUAGUACUAUCACCUCUCUCUCUCUCUCCGUCUCUUAGGGUUAGGGCAUAGAGGAAGAAUCGGAGAGGAGGUUUGCUGGAUAUAUUGUGUUUUUAGCAUCAUUACCGGAUUAAAGCUCCGUAGUUUGGUUGUAAUCGUUGAGCGCGACCAUGUCGGAUAUUGAUGAAUCAGAGAUAAGCAGCUUUGGGGAGGAAGAGAACCCCUCUACUUCCCGAGGGAAAGCUAAACAGCACGUGAAACAGUUGCAAAGGCUUCAAGAAAAGGAUCCUGAGUUCUAUCAGUAUCUUAAAGAGUUUGAUAAGGAGCUCUUGGAGUUUCAUGACGAAGAUAUUGAUGAGGACACAGUAACUGAUUUUGAUGAAGAUGUGGAGUCCGAACCUAUCGUCGAGGAGGAGCAGAAACCGUCCGCAAAGGUUAUUACGACUGAAAUGGUUGAUUCGUGGUGCAAAGCAAUAAAAAAAGACAGGAAAGUUGGUGCAGUUCGAUCCCUUCUUCGAGCUUUUCGUGCUGCAUGCCAUUACGGUGAUGAUGGAGAAAAUGAUUCAGCACCAAAAUUUAGUAUCAUUUCUAGCAAUGUAUUUAAUCAGAUAAUGGUGUUUGUUCUGAACGAAAUGGAUGGAAUCCUUAGAGGAUUACUUGAUGCCCCUAUAUCGGGAGGAAAGAAGGAGAUAGUUAUGGAACUGACGACCACUAAAAUGUGGAAGAAGCAUGGAAGCUUAAUGAGACUAUAUCUUGGCAAUGCUCUCCAUAUACUAACACAAAUGACUGAUGAGACAAUGAUAUCUUUUACCUUGAGGCGUGUCAAGGCAUCGGCUGUAUUUUUAGCUGCUUUUCCCUCUCUCUUGAGAAAGUAUGUUAAGGUUUUGCUUCACUGUUGGGGUACAGGAAGAGGUGCUGCUCCUCUAUUUUCAUUUUUCUUCCUUAGAGAUUUAUGCGUUCGACUCGGUUCUGAUUGUCUUGAUACGAUACUUAGAGGUGUAUACAAGGCUUAUGUUUUGAAUUGCAAGCUUUCUAAAUCAGUAAGUAGAUCAAAGUUGCAGCAUAUUCAGCUCCUGGGAAAUUGCGUCACUCUACUCUAUGGCGUGGACCCACCCUCAGCAUAUCAACAUGCAUUUGUUUUCAUUCGUCAACUAGCAGUGGUCUUACGUGGUGCUCUUACUGAAAGAGGGCCUAAGGCAGUAAGAGACAAAAAAGAGAAAAAGCAUAAUGAAAGCAACAAGCCUACAAAGCAACAAGUGGAGAAAGCAUAUCAAAAGGUUUACGAAUGGCAGUUCAUACUGUGCCUCGAGCUCUGGACUGGAGUUAUAUGCUCUUACAACUCAGAAGCCGAUUUUCGACCUUUGGCUUAUCCACUAAGUCAAAUUAUAUAUGGGGUAACAUCUUUGGUUCCUACUCUGCGGUACUUCCCACUACGGCUACGAUGUGUGAGGAUGCUCAACCGUAUAGCUGGAGCCACUGGAUCCUUUAUUCCUGUAUCUUCCCUUCUCCUCGAUAUGCUGGAAAUGAAAGACCUGAGCAAACCCCCUACUGGAGGUGUUGGCAAAGCAAUCAAUCUUCUUAAUAUUAAACAGGUAGAUAAGGCUACCGUGAAGACACGUUUAUUUCAAGAGGCAUGCAUUUACUCUGUUGUUGAAGAACUUGCUGAACAUUUGGCACAGUGGAGCUACUCGAUUGCCUUCUUUGAGCUGUCAUUUAUUCCCCUUGUUCGGUUACGAACCUUUUGCAAGAACACUAAAGCUGACAAGUUCCGAAAAGAGAUAAAGGAGCUCAUCCAUCAGGUGGAGGCCAACAAUGAGUUCGUAAACUCAAAACGCGCUGCUAUCGAAUUCUCACCAAAUGACCCUGCUGCAGAAUCAUUUCUCCAGGCUGAAAAGGAAAGCGGAUGCAGCCCUCUGUCGAGAUAUGUGGCCAGCUUACGUGUGAGGGCCCAGAAUAGAAGUGAUGCUAUGGUGGAAAAAAGCGUCCUCGUUGGGGCCGAAUCAUCUGUUUUUGCGAAAAAGCUCUCAGAUGUCAAGGAAGAAGACAGCGAGAAGGAUGCUGAAGAAGGUGCUGCUGUUUUCAGUUCAUCCUGGUUGCCGGAAAAGAAGAAAACAAAGGUCAAGAAGGAGAAGAAGACAAAGAAGCGAAGUCAUGAUGAGCAACAAGAUGUUGGUGCCGACGAAGAUAUAGUGGAAGAUCUAGUUCUAAGCUCGGAUGACGAAGUAGACGAGAGCGAUGAUCAGGAGAUAACUGAAAAUGGCUCUCUUUCGGAUGACGAUGAAGACGCCAAAGCAAAGUUAACGAAGGACACACCGGCAAAACAUAAGGGCAGGAAAAGGAAAAGCACGUCGAAGCAGAGGAACAAGGAAAAGAAGUUGACUUCGAUAGCGCCGAAAAAGAAUGGGAAGCGACGCCCACGAAAGAAGGCGAAAAAGAGUGCUCAUGGUUGAAAGACUUUUUUUUUUUUGUUCUUUCCAGCAGGUGUUAAUUAUACUUUCAAAAUGGCGAAGGAGAGAUGUCAAAAUAUGUAAACUAACCUUUGCCCAAGUAUUACUAUGCAAUUUUCAAUCAGUGGUCACAUUUUUUAUGUAUUAUAUCUACGUGGCGUAGCUAAAGUUUUAGGCGAGUUUGUUGUCCUCAAUCAAGUAAUCAACGAUCCAACAAGUGGUAUCAGCACAGGCACGGGCCCAUGGAUUUAAAUUUCACAUGCUACAAAUUUAUACGUGUGUUGUAACUAUCUCUAUGUAUUGAGUAAAUUACUUGUUUAUUUUUAAUAA